CGUUAAGGGUCUGGUACCGCAGUCGUAAAAACAGCAGUCGCUAAUUGACAGUAAACACCCUCCAGCAAAUACCAACCGCAAAGCAGUGGGGGAACCUCAGCUGUGUGCGCGUGCGUACUAGCGAGUUAAUGGCAUACGUCAUUAACAUCCGGGCAUUUGCGCCGUGUACUCCUACAAAAUGGCGUCCUACUACGGCAAAGAUGACUUCGUAACCGGGUCAGAUUUGAGCGAUUUUAGUGAUAUUUCGGAAGACGAUUUUCAAGUAAAUGACUUGUCAGGAAACAGUAGUGAAUCAGAAGACGAUGGCUGCCAGUACUGCAUAUGUGGAAGACCAUCUACAACUGAAAUGAUUGCCUGUGAUGACGAUCAAUGCACAGUUGUGUGGUGGCAUUACGUUUGCGCUGGCGUGUCACCGAGCGACAUUCCGGAUGGGUCUUGGAUUUGCUCACGUUGCCGUCCUUCUACAAGCUCUGGAUCGCAAGAUCAGAGACAGAGUGAGGAUCUUCCUGCCUUGGCAAGUUCAUCAGAAGCAGGAUCUUCCAAAAAGGCUAGAAAGUCUCAGGUAUCAACAGGCAAAAUAAACAAGGCCAGUCAAGAUCAACAGAAGUCAAUACCGAAACCAGAUCAGAAUGAGGUUUUUCCUGCUUCAGCAAGUUCAUCAGUAGCAGUAUCUUCCAAAAAAGCUGGAAAGUCCCAGAAGUCUACAGACCGAUCAGACAAGGCCAGUAAGGAUCAUAAGGAGAAGUCAAUGCCAAAACCAGAGUUUGUUUCCUCUACAGCAGCUCCUGAGCGUCCUAAACCACGAUUUCAAGUCGGAGAUGCUCAGCAACGGGCUUCAGAGUACUUUCUGGCUGCAUUUGAGAGGGUGAAGAAGCAUCCUGUCUUCUGUUCCAACUAUCCCAUUGCCAUGUGCCUCAUGAGUCUCAUCGUGAAUUUGUCUACGGCAAGUGAGUCGCAGGAGUUUAAAGACUUUUGCACUGCUACAGUAAGCAGCCUGUGGAUAGUGGUGACUGCAGGAGAUAAGAAGAAACUGAAGCCAGAAAGUUAUGAACUGAUGUGGCAUUGUUUCCAUAAAUUCCGUUUAAAUAGCAUUGAGAAAUGGAAGUCGUUUUUAGUAUCUUUAAACUUGUACAGUGAUGGACAGCAUACACAUAUUGCAUAUCAGUAUCUUUUACAGGCUGUUGUAGAAUUAAUGCUUAAAGACAGAAACGAGUUCGACUUGCCACGUAAACAGAUAUCAGAUGUAGACACAAAAACCAUUUCAAAAGAAGAAGAACAAGUACUACGCUACGUAGCUGGUUACGUGCCGUAUUCCCUGUACAAACAAUUUAACAGGCAGAUUAAUACCUCGGCAAAAAUAUUUUGUCAUUUCCUAAAGUCAUGGCAAGCCUGUCCCUCAGAUACAGCAAAAACAUUUCUUGAAUAUACAAACCAGUGGGUUAAAGCUCAGAAUAGAGGUGGGUUAUUUCAUGUAUCAGAUGGAGUUUAUUUACUGUUCAGAACAAUGGAGAUACAGACCAGAAAAAUAUUGUCGAUAGCUAAUUUGGAAAUAUUUCCUCGGUGUAACAUACAAUCUCUGGUCAUUGAUCAGAUACAGGCACAUCCCAGAGUACAAACCUACUGGUGUAGCCUAACUCAGGGUAAAAUUAGCGGAGCAAAUUCAGACAAGCUUUUGAAUAUAGUUAUUAAGAAAUGGAUAAAGAUUAGGACUAAAUCUUUUUUAAAUGUUUAUCUUAGUCUGAAGAAAGCAUCAGGUGCACAUGUUUCCAAGAAAUCAGAAAAGGCCCUUCGAAAGGACCUAUGAUUUCCUAAGGCAC